UUAUAUAGAAAAAACAAGCGAAAUCUUGUUCUUCCACUCAGGCACAAGAAGGGCAGACUCUCGGUUUCGGCCCAUGUGUUCCAGGACCCCGAGAUGUCCAUGCUUGCUGAGCCUCGUCGGAAGCUGAAGUGGUCAGUGGACCCGAGAAACAGCACGUGGAGCAAGGAUGACUCCAAGUUCGGCCAGAAGAUGCUGGAGCGAAUGGGCUGGUCUAAAGGAAAGGGUCUUGGCAAAAGUGAACAGGGAGCUACAGAGCACAUCAAGGUUAAAGUGAAGAACAACAGCUUGGGUUUAGGCACCGCAAACAACCACGAGGAUAACUGGAUUGCUCAUCAGGAUGAUUUUAAUCAACUUCUUGCUGAACUGAAUAACUGCCAUGGACAGAACAACACUGAAGAGCCAGCCACAGAGCAGACGCAAGGCUUCAGUUUGGAGGAGAAAUCGAAGACGUCUAAAAAAAGGGUCCAUUACAUGAAGUUCACCAAAGGAAAGGAUCUGUCCAGUCGCAGCGAAACAGACCUCGCUUGCAUCUUCGGUAAAAGAGCCAAACAGAUGAGAAAUCAGGAUGAGACAAGCAAUGGUACUGAUUCUCAGGAGGAGAAAGAGCAGGGCAGCGAUGACAAGGACGGUCCAUCAAACCCUGAAGUGGAAGUCAACACAGUGACCAGUGCUCUGACCAUGCAGGAGUACUUUGCGCAGCGUAUGGCUCAGUUAAAGAAAGGUCGUGCUGAGAACCAGUCCUCUGCUUCCACUCCUGAAACCAACAGCAACUCUCAAUCCCAGUCCACCGACGACUCUCCCAGCACCAGUGACAUGGAGGAGAGCAGAAAAAGAAAGAAAAAGAAGAAAAAGGACAGAAAGGAUGACCAACAUGGCGAUGAGAGAACGGUGGAAGAAAAUGAGGAAUCCCAAGUGACUGUUGAAGAGCAGGCUGACCCGGACGGUAAGAAGAAAAAGAAAAAGAAGAAAGAGCGGCGAGCUAGAGAAGAGGAUCCAGUGGACGAGUGUUGUGUCCCAGCAGCAAAUCAAGACACACCGGGGGAUAUAGUGGAACAUUCUACCAGGAAAAAGAAGAAAAGGAAAAACAAAGAAACUCCUACUCAUACACCCACAGACUCAACUAACGAAGACGAUAACAUCUCAGACGCCGAUAUUUCAGAUAAAAAGCGAAAGAAGAGGAAGCAGAGAGAACACGAGGAAGAGCAGACAGAAGUAGUAGAAGGAAAGAAAUUCAAAAAGGACAAGAAAAAGAAGAAAAAUGACAACUAGGGCUUUAUACUUGAUUGGGUUUAAAUGUACUUGUAGGUUUUCAAUAAACUGAACAGCAGCAAUUGAGCUUUUUAAAAAUCUUUUUAUUUUUUAUUAUUAUUACUUUUAGCUCAUUCUGUCCAUCAUGGGACUGAUUGUCCUGCCUUAGAAAACCAUUUGUAUAGCAAUAGAAAUCAAAUCAAUUUUAUUAAUCUACGUAUUAGCACAUUUUUAUUGAUUAUCACAUAUGAACAUCAAAUUGAACAUUGGCCAGCGUCACUGUGCCUAAAGUCGGCUAAAACGUCUGGUUUUCGUUUUUGCUUCAAGAGUAAUCUCAAAUGUUACUCUCAAAAAGAAAACCCCAUGCAACCCCUGUUAAAGGUUUUUUUUUUUUUUUUUUUUAAU